AUGGGAUUCCAGAUCUUCAACUUUUUAAAGCCCUUUAUGAAAGUGCUGGUGGUAAUAUUGUUGCUGAUAUUUCUGACAAAUAUUAGCCCCUCUGUAGCGCACUCUUUUCCUUCAUCCGAGACUACGAUGCACACUAAUAAUUGGGCUGUUUUAGUCUGCACCUCUCGUUUUUGGUUUAAUUAUCGACAUAUGGCCAAUACUUUAUCAUUGUAUAGGACAGUUAAGCGGUUAGGAAUACCUGAUGAGAGGAUUAUACUCAUGCUAGCAGAUGACAUGGCAUGCAAUACAAGAAACAAGUACCCUGCCCAAGUUUUUAAUAAUGAAAACCAUAGACUUAACCUGUACGGGGAUAAUGUCGAGGUAGAUUAUCGUGGCUAUGAAGUAAAUGUGGAAAACUUUAUGCGGGUACUAACAGGGCAUGGAGGUGAUGAGUUUUUGAAGUUUCAGGACUCAGAAGAGCUUCAAAGUCAUGAUUUAGCUGAUGUUGUGAAGCAAAUGAAAGAGAAACACAGGUUUAAGGAGCUACUGGUAAUGGUGGACACCUGCCAAGCCUCUACCCUGUUCUCACAGUUUCAUUCACCAGGGGUUUUGGCAAUUGGAAGUAGCAUGAAAGGACAGAACUCAUAUUCGCAUCACUUGGACUCAGAUGUGGGUGUCUCAGUUGUUGAUCGUUUUACCUUCUACACUCUUGCCUUCUUUGAGAGGCUGAAUAUAUAUGACAAUGCUUCAUUGAGCAGUCUUUUCAACUCAUACAACCCAAAUUUGUUGAUGUCAACUGCAUAUUACCGAAUGGACCUGUAUCAACGACAGUUAGAGAAGGUACAUGUGACAAACUUUUUUGGUUCUGUAAUGAAAACAAUACGCACCGAUUCAGCCUACAGGUCUCAGUCGAAUAAAAAAAUUGGCGGAGCGAAAAUUAAAAUGUCUUUGGAUCAAUCAACCUCAGACAAUAGCAGAAGAAUUUUGAGAAACUCUGAUGAUGAGGACCAAUUUAAUAAAUUAGGCACAAAGGAACACUUCCUUGGUGUUGGACAACUGUGGAAUACUAUUCUCAACCAAUUGAAUACUUUUGAAAGCACUGAUACUUUUGUUUGCUAUGGCCUUGUUUCAAUGCUUCCUCUGUUGAUAGUUUCUACGUGGCUAUCAUGA